CAUUCGUUUUCUGUGGUUCUAAUUCAGAAUUUCAACAUUGCCAGAGGAACUAUACUGGGAGUGGUUUUAUCAUGUCUCUGAAGAUUGUCAUCGUGCUGGUUGCCUUUGUCGGAGCUGUUGCUGCUCAGCACUACUAUCAAGAUCAUCAUGAGCAUCACGAGGAGGACCAUCACUCACCGGCCCAUUACGAGUUCCGUUACGAUAUCCAUGACGAACACACGGGGGAUAUACAUGGACGCAAGGAAAUUCGUCACGGUGAUAAGACCCAUGGCGAAUACUAUCUGAUCGAUGCCGAUGGUUACAAACGCACGGUGACCUAUCAUGUCGACGGCAAGAGCGGAUUCGUUGCCCAGGUUCACCGUGAACCAAUCAAGGGAUACCAUGCGCCACAACCGGUGCACAAACUUGCGGCUGCUGCGGUUCACAAAGUGUUGGCAAUUCCAGUGCACAACUCGCACCAUUAUUGAAUUUGUGCGAAGAAAUAUUUAGUUGAAUCGAUACGUUUCGGCUGUAGGCGAACUGAAAUUUAUUAAUAUUUUCGUCAGUUAUAAUAUAUUUUUUUGUCACAAAAAGAGAUUCCUUUUGUUUGAUGGAGAACAAUCAAAUGCCGGCGUUGCUAU